UUUAGUUCAAGUUCACUUGUCGUCUGUAACGAAUGGCUUCUGGUUUGCCGUCGCUGGGAAGAUGCAUCGUUGCAUCGUGUCUUGUUGGGGUGAUCUUGGUCGAUUGGAAAGCAACAACAACGACUGUCGGCGACAGAGACGAUCGAGGGUUGGCCGAUUGGAGGAGAAGAUUUCGGUUGGGAAAUAGAUUUCGUGGCACGGAGGCUCCUGAGUUGAACUCCACAGAUCCGCUAGACAGCAACACUAUCAUAGAUAGUUUCCCAAACAGGGAACAACUCAACCAGAAGGCGCCUUCGUUAAAUAGCCUAUGGAGCUGGAUGACGACCAUCUUCGGACUUCCAAUAGUCAGUGUUUUUGCUUAUCGAGGACAACCCAAAAAUUGUAACGCGUGUUCUUGUGGCAUCCGUCACAACACGUCUCGGAUUGUCGGCGGAGCGGAUGCACCUAAUGACACGUACCCCUGGAUGGUGGCCUUGUACUACGAUAAUCGAUUCAUCUGUGGAGGAUCGCUGAUAAACGAUCUCUAUGUCCUCACUGCGGCCCACUGCGUCGUCCAGACGGAUCGAAGAUUGUUCUCCGUUAAAUUUCUCCUGUACGAUCGAGCCAAACCCACAGCGGAAACUUUCGAACGACGGGUGUCGUACAUCAUGACCAACUGGUUCGUCAAUGCGGUCGUUUUCAUAGUGAAUGAUUUGGCGCUGCUAAAGUUGAACGAAACGGUCCCCAUCGAUAACAAUCUUUAUCCGGUUUGUCUACCGCCGGAAGGUUUAACGUAUGAAGGCUAUGAUGGCAUUAUCACCGGUUGGGGUAAACUGGGUGACGGGAAGUUCCCCAGAAAACUGCAACAAGUAACGGUACCCAUCAUGUCCUAUGAUGAGUGCAAGAAUCAGAGCAAGUACUACUCGUUUCAAAUCAACGAUCGGAUGUUGUGUGCAGGGGUUCCACAAGGUGGCAAAGAUUCCUGCCAAGGAGAUAGUGGGGGUCCGAUGCAUAUUAUCGACAAGGAAACGGGAAAGUACUUCGUUGCUGGAGUUGUUUCGUAUGGUUAUGGCUGUGCUAAGCCCAAGUAUCCGGGAAUAUAUGCGCGUGUGAAUCGAUUUCUGUCCUGGAUCAAUUUUAACACUCGUGAUGCGUGUCCUUUUGACACUUUCGGUGUUGAUUCAUGCGAUCCGCGCUCGAUGAUCCGUGCAAGACCUUCAACGAGCUCAUUACACCUUUUCGCGGGCGCGGAAGAUAUCGUCGUCGUCGUCGUCAUUUGCGCCCGUCAUCAUCGGCAGCAUCAUCGUCCCCAAAACAACGCCACCGCCGCUGCCGUCGCCCGCUUGAAUCGGAUAAUCAUCUCGCUCUCUUCAAACUGUUCGAAACACUGCGAAACGCAAAUGCGAGGUCUGCCCCCUGCAGUGCAAUUAAGACGAGCGAAAAGGAUUGUUAUGGCCAAGACGUGCAGCGGGGGUGUGCCGCAGGAAACGUGCCCGAACAAACUGCUCGAAAUCGUCAACGCGUCUCACAGCACGAAAAAGUCACGUGGCCAAGGGUUUCCAUAUGGCUGGGAUACGUGUGAGAAGAAGCAGAUUUCGAAGGUAGAACUGCAGGAUAUUACUAAGUCGCUCCAGUUGAACAAAGCUCCGGGUCCGGAUGGCAUCCCGAACGUAACAGUGAAAGUCGCGCUCAUGAAACACCCUGAAAUGUUCCAGUCAUCACUGAAGAAGGUGGUCCAGAGCAGGAUACGGUUCUACACCGAGGGCGUGCACAGCGUUUCCGAUAACAUAUGCGGCAUCAAUGGUCGAUCGAAUCGAAUCGUCGGUGGGGUGGAAUCCGAGGCCCACGAGUAUCCCUGGCUAGCUGGACUGUUCCGUCAGGGUAAACUCUAUUGCGGCGCUUCCGUCGUAACCAAAAACUAUCUCAUCACGGCAGCUCACUGUGUGAACUCCUUUGAACCGAGUGAAAUCAGGGUAUAUCUCGGAGGACACAACAUAGCCAAGGACUACACGGAGUUGCGACGAAUCAAACGGAUCGUCGAUCACGAGGAUUUCGAUAUUUUCACCUUCAACAACGACAUCGCUCUGCUGGAGCUGGACAAACCACUGAGAUAUGGACCAACAAUCCAGCCAGCCUGUUUACCCGACGGAAACACUCUCGAUUUCGCCGGAUCCCUAGCGAUCGUAGCCGGUUGGGGCCGGGUGGAGGAACAGCGGCCGCCCUCGAAGACGCUGCGAUCGGUUGUGGUGCCCAUUUGGACCCAGCAGCAGUGCCUGGAGUCGGGCUACGGAAACAAAAAGAUCACCGACAACAUGAUGUGUGCCGGGUUCCACGAUGGCAAGAAGGAUGCCUGCCAGGGUGACAGUGGUGGUCCGAUGCACAAGAUGGGUAGCGCCGGAAGCAUGGAGGUGAUUGGAGUGGUGUCCUGGGGACGUGGCUGUGCCAGACCCAAUCUGCCGGGGAUUUACACCAGAAUUGUUAACUAUUUGCCAUGGAUUAUGCAGAAACUGGAGGGUGAAUGUCAACAGCAAAACCACAACCAGUCACCAGGGUCUCCGAGGGGGUUGGCCAUUGCGAGCUGGAGGAAGUUUGUGGGGGUUGGGGGCUGUUUAAUUAACACAAAAAAUAAAAACAAAACAAAAAUGAAGUUCAACUCAGCUGUGAUAGGAUCUAGGGUAGUGAUGGUGGUGGUAUUAAUGUUUUUGUUAGCUGGUUCCGGAGUGCGGGAAUGUGAAGCCGUAACGUCCUGGUAUAACCUAACGGAUGCGGGUUUUCGAGGGGGUCGAUUCCUGUUCGAUGCGCUCUUUGGGCUGGACUCGGGAGCUUUCACGUUGGAUGAUGAUGGAGAACUGGGGAAUUCGGUCAAAAGUUGUGACUGUGAAUGCGGUACCGCCAACCAGGAAACUCGAAUUGUUGGGGGACGUCCAACGGGGGUCAAUCAAUACCCUUGGCUGGCCCGGUUGGUCUACGAUGGCCAAUUCCAUUGCGGAGCCUCGCUCCUCACCCGGGAUUAUGUCCUAACGGCGGCUCAUUGCGUCAGAAGGUUAAAGCGCAACAAAAUCCGGGUCAUUCUCGGCGAUCACGAUCAAUUCCUGACGACGGAAACGCAAGCCAUUCAGCGGGCGGUGACAGCCAUCAUCCGGCAUCGAAGUUUUGACCAAAAUUCGUACAACCACGACAUUGCGUUGCUCAAGCUGCGGAAACCGGUCGAAUUCACCAAAACAAUACGACCGGUGUGUUUGCCCAAGGAUCGUUUUGAUGCAGCUGGCCAGAUCGGAACUGUCGUGGGAUGGGGUCGGACCUCAGAGGGCGGAACACUUCCGGGCAUCGUGCAGCACGUGGAUGUGCCCAUUCUAACGCUGGAGCAGUGCCGCAGCAUGAAGUAUCGCGCCUCGAGAAUCACUUCCAAUAUGUUGUGCGCCGGAAAGGGCAAGCAGGACUCUUGCCAGGGUGAUUCGGGUGGACCACUUUUGGUGCGGAAAGGUGAUAAACACGAAAUCGUCGGCAUCGUUUCCUGGGGCGUCGGCUGUGGACGAGCCGGUUAUCCGGGGGUCUACACGAAAGUGGUCCGGUACUUACCCUGGAUAAGGGCCAACAUGGAAGAUACUUGUAUAUGCAGCAAUUGCUCUUCUUUUCUUCUAAACCAAAUCAAAGAAAAACAACAUGAAAGCCUCCCUUGGAACAUUCAGCUUCUCACGAGGGAGCCCCAGCGAGCUUCUGAGCUGAGACAAGAGACAUCUCUGGGGGAUGCCUAUGAGAAAGUUGAGACAAACUUCCCAAACUAUUCCAAUAAUCUCGUGGUGUAUCUUAAUGUGGGGUACCUGAAUGGCGCUAUCGAGAAACCCCAAACACGAGUGUAUCAGAACUCCAAGAUAACAGCGACAAUUGGAGUCGAAGUUGUUCCACCGUACGAAAAACUGUUAUCUGCCUCCGAAAAAAAGCGUUUUCCUGCUUCGGUGCCAACCAAAAAAAAACAGCGUUUGAGUGGUAGAAAAAAAAGUGGUGCUGUUUCGAAAAUGAGGUUUUCCAUUAGCAAAACCAAAAGUGGUGAAGAUGGGUUGCGGCGAUGUUGGUGGGUUCAAGCGUUGAUGCUGGGAGUGUUUUUGGCAGUCGCGGAGGGAAAGCUUAUGGCUCGGGGAAAAUAUGAGAUGAUGGCCACGCAGAACAAAAAUGUCGACGAACGAAGUAUUCUGGAUAACGUGAAGGCGGCUUUUGGUGGAGCUGUCAGUGGACGAGCACCAGCACAUGAUACGCCCUCCAGUACCUGCAGUUGUCGUUGCGGAGAAAGGAACGACGCCGUUCGGAUUGUCGGAGGGCAACCAACGGGAGUGAACGAGUUUCCCUGGAUGGCCCGGUUGAGCUACUUCAAUCGAUUCUAUUGCGGUGGAGUGCUCAUCAACGAUCGCUACGUGCUCACGGCGGCCCAUUGCGUCAAGGGAUUCAUGUGGUUCAUGGUAAAGGUGACCUUCGGGGAGCACAAUCGAUGUGAUAAUGCCGUUCGGCCCGAGACGCGAUUCGUGCUGCGAGCGAUCGCCCAAAAGUUCAGCUUCCUCAACUUCGACAACGACAUCGCGCUGCUGCGGCUUAACGAUCGGGUCCCGAUAACCGACUUUAUCCGGCCGAUCUGUUUACCGUCUGAUACGGCGAAAGCUUACAUCGGAACCAACGGCACGGUAACGGGUUGGGGUACCCUGAAGGAGGAUGGCAAACCGUCCUGUCUCCUGCAGGAGGUCGACGUACCGGUUCUGUCCAAUGACGUCUGCAGCAGCCAGACCAACUACACCGCGUCGAUGAUCACGGACAAUAUGAUGUGUGCCGGAUAUCUAGGCGUUGGCCGGCGGGAUUCGUGCCAGGGCGAUUCCGGUGGCCCUCUAAUUGCUGCCCGACCCGAUAAACGGUACGAGCUGAUCGGAGUGGUGUCCUGGGGCAAUGGCUGUGCGCGACCAUACUAUCCGGGUGUCUACACGCGGGUGACCAAGUAUCUGGACUGGAUCAAGGAAAAUUCCAAAGACGGUUGCUUCUGUAACGAGUAGGGCAAAAAAAACCGGAAAACCUUCGGGAGCGGUUUCGGAAAAUGGGUUCCAUUCGACUGUAGGUACUCGCGCAUUUUAAUUGAUCCUCCCCCUGCAGGGGGGCUAGUCGUUUUCUGAUCGAAGUGCAUAGGAGAGGGAUCCAUUUUCGGGAACCGCUUCUCGACCCAAUUGCAUUCAUUGACCACGAACAACGAAUCAAGUGGAAACAAUACAAAAAAAAACACGAAAACAAUAAAUAAGCGCGCGCACAAUGAAAGUAACUCAAAAAGACUUGAAGUAAUAAAGGAGAACAGAAGCGGAAAACAAAAAAAACAGUGGUAGCAACUUUAAGCUAUAAGUAACCGAAUUAAUUUAUAGAACCAGUAUGUAUGAAUAAAACAGAAUGAUGAAAA